UUACAGGAGAUAAAAAACAUGCUUAAAUAUUAAUGCAAGUCAAUGGAACCAGACAUUCCAAGUCAUUUUGGGCCACUUGUUUUGGUCCAUUCAUCUAGAAAUAUACACACCGUGUGGAGGUCAGCGGGCGUUUUUACUUUAUGCCAAAAACGGAAAAUGGUGAAAAACAGAGGUUUUGAAAAAUACAUAGAGAAGACAUUAUCACUGCGUUUAUAUGGUGCACAUGUGCUUCCACAGAGUGAAAGAGCCUGGCUGGCGUGUUUGAACACGUCUCAGUCAGACUGUGGGACUGAUGAUGUUUAUCUGAAGGUAAACAUGCUCAGUGUCAGUAAGUCCACAGCUGCAGGAGUCACGUUCAGGUAGAGACCCGCACCUUCAGGACAUUCUCAGGAUAGUUUGAGGACUCCAGUUCAGAAACAUCUCAGUCCUCUGAAAGCUCAUCUGAAUCAGGGGCCACUGGGAGACCUGCAGAAUGCAGCGCAGGGACCACCUGUUCAUUUACUCCGUCAUUUGGGUUUGACUUGGAGAGUGUGGUGCAGUGGUCUCGCUCUCUGUGGUCAGUGGUCAUCAUGCAGUUGAACACAGCGCUGAUCGUCCUCCUGCUGACCCUCCAGAUUACACACAGCCUCACCGGUCCUCCGGUUCCUGAGAGCCUCUCUCUGGAACAGGACUUUGCGUCUCAGACUCUCUCUCUGACCUGGGAGAGCCAUGCAGCGCUUUUCGACAUUGAGAUCUUUCGCACUGAGCUGGAGGAGAACGUUCUCAACGUGACGGUACGUGCUGCGGUUGAUCCCGUAUCAGGGCAGCGUAGUUGGACCUGGCGCUCUCCGGUUCCUCUGCAGUGUACCUCACACUCUGUGCAGAUCAGAGCUCGACAGGAGAACACAGUGAGCCAGUGGAGCCCCCUGCAGAUCGUGCAGGGCUCUGAUGUUCCAGUGAAGCAACAGGCUCAGAUGUAUCCUCAGGAUAAGGUGGUUCCAGUGGGCGGUAACCUCACGUUCUGCUGCAUCGUGUCUGAGGGCGGGCAGUUCGGCAGCAUUGAGUACAAGAACAGGAAGAUGGAGGUGACCAGGAUGAGCCGCAGGAGUUUCGCUACCAGCGUGACGAACCUGCCCCAGUCCGGCUCCUCCGGCACCAACAUCAUCUGCUUAUCCCCACAGGAAAUCAUCACCGGAGCCGUGGUGUUCGUGGGCUACCCCCCGGGUGACGAGCGUCUGGAGUGUGAGACGAGGGACCUGCAGAAGGCCGAGUGCCGCUGGAGGAAGGGACGAGAUACAGGAUUCUGGAGGACCUCUUUACUGACACGCUACACUCUAAAUGGCAGGCGCUGUGUAGAGGCAAACAGAAACAUGAAGCUGUGCCGCUUUGACCGCUGGGAGAACAGCUGGACCCUGACAGCUGAAAAUGAGCUGGAAGCUGUCCAGCUGAACGACUCCGCCCACAUCACUGAGCGCGUGCGCCUCUUUGCUCCGGUGAACGUUUCUGCGGUUCCUCAGGCGUGGAACUCCAGUCUGCAGUGGAGCUGGACCUUCCAGGCUGUCCAAACUCUGGACUUGCUGUGUCAGGUGCAGCUCACCAGCGGAGGGCGCUCCAGCUCUCGUAACUACACCGGAGUGGGACUCUCUGCCGCUCUGCUGGACGGACUGAGGCCAGACGUCGAAUAUUCCGUUUCUGUACGAUGUGCCUCUCUGCGGAGUUUCUGGCGCUGGGGGGACUGGAGCGCCCCCUACAGCUUACACACCAGGAUGGACUGCCCUGAAGCUCCUGAUGUGUGGGUGAGGAUGGACAGUGAAACCGCUGGCCAGAUCCUGUGGAAACCUCUCUCUAUCAGUGAUAGUCACGGUGCUCUGGAGGCCUAUGAGGUCUAUCAGAAGGAUGGAGAGCAGGAUGGAUGGACGGUUCUUUCUCUCCCUCCAUCCAUAUCCAGUUUUCCCGUCAUCCUCAGCAACAGCAGCAGCGGUGAUGUCAUGGUUGCCGUGGCAGCACGUAACCCGGUCGGGCUUUCCCGGCGCUCCAUCGUGGUGGUUCCAGAAUUCCGAGCAGACUCUGAGCAGUCAGUGUCAGAGCUGGUGGGCAGUGGUGGGGAUUUAGAAUUGACCUGGCAACCUUGCCCCAACGCCAGCCGUGGCUAUUUGGUGGAGUGGGUUUGCACAGGCUGCACAGGCCACUGCACUGUCCAGUGGACGAAGGUUCCAGAAUCAAACACCAGCACCGUCAUCCAGGCUGCGUCUCUGGAGGUUGGAGUGAGGUACACACUCUCAGUGUUUGCUCUGAGUGAUGAAGCUACCGCUCUACUGCAGAGGCACCAUGGAUACGGGCACGAGCUGGUUCCCGUCCAGUCUGUGAAGUCCCUGAAUGUCUGGCAGUCUGGUGAGAAUGUUCUGCUGUCCUGGGAGCCUGUGGCCAUAUCUAACAGGAGAGGGUUCAUCCGUGGAUACACCAUCUACCUGAACAAUGCCUCACACCUGGAGCUCGUAGCGAACGUGACUGAUCCAGCGCUGAGGUCGUACACAGUGAAGGGUUUGAGUUUGGGCUCCUAUAAAUUCACCGUGAAGGCGUACACUUCAGCCGGAGAGGGAGGAGGAUCCACGGUGGCCAUUAAAAUGGAGUCUAACAGUGAUAUGCUGGUGGUGCAGCUUCUGGUGUCUUUAGUAGCCAUGUCCUUCUGCCUCGUCGUCAUUAGCAUCUUCUGCUACAAGAAGAGAGAAUGGGUGAAGAAAGCUUUCUAUCCUGAGAUUCCUGGACCCAAGCUAGCUGGAAAUUGGACAACUCCUCCGGCUCCUCUCGACAUCAAGCCGCCCACCCACAGCAUGGUCCACAUCGUGGAGAGUCCUGAGUGGGACUCAUCAAAGAAGGGGCUUGUGCCGGUGCCGGAGGAGGAAGAGGACGACAACGGCUCUGUUGGUGAAAACGUGGAGGUGGACACGGACUCGGACGAACCCACCCUUCUCAGAUACUACAACCAGCUGGUUACCGAUGGUUCCCAUAGCAACUAUGCCUCGGACACGUCGGGGUCCUCAACCAGUUCGGUGGACUCCGCUCAGACGCAGGUGACCUACACAGGCAUCCAAAGCCCCACCUCCUCACACUGGGCACCGUCUUAUGGCUACAGACCCCAGAUGCAGCCUGUGGAGGGCCCCGAAGAGCCAGCAGCCGCAUUUGAGAACGAGCCCCAGCAGGAGAGCCCAAGCAUAGCGUACAGACCCCAGUGCUCCUGGCAGGCGGAGUCUCCGGGGGCCGAGAACUUUAGCGGAUCUCUGGGAAGCCCCACUUCCGUAACAUCCUCACAGUUCCUCAUUCCGGAAACCGCCGAAGAAGAUCCGGAACCUUCAGGAACCUGGUUCCAGAACUUCCUGUCUGGCAAGUUCUGAAUCCAGGCCACAUUUCAUUUUUUUCCGUGAGGAUUUGUCAUCGUUUAAGCUUCCGAGUGUGGUGCUUCUCUGAAACCCAUCUUCAUCUAUGCUCAUACUUGCCCUAGUACUCAGCGACUUCAUGAGCCCACACGUUUUUGUUUUUCACAUUUAGGUUGAAAGGCCUCGGCAUUUUGCCGAACCCGUUUCCAGGAAAACAGCUCCUUGUUUCUGGUGGAGAGACGGAGAUGAAACACUACUGAAGAGCGACAGCUAGUUGUAAUGACUAUCUGAGCUCUAACAGAACGGUUACGUAUCUAACCUUAACCUGCAGAGGGCUCUGUUCUCAGCGCCACCUGCUUUUCCCAAGCAGUAUUGUCCGUUUGGUCAUGGAUUUGAAAUAGACAGGGCCCGUUAGCAUUCAUAUAAGCUUACUGAUCACUAACACUGGUGAUUGUUUCUGUUUUUUGUGGCAUUAACUGCUUUUUUAUGUAGAGGAAACGUCGCAGGUCAUCUGGAGUUUCAGAAAGGACUCACUCAAGGCCUCUAAGCCAGUCACAGAGCAUUGCUCUUUAAGGUUCACUACAGUGUAUAUUUUUUAUAUUUUGUUUUAUGGAAGGUGAAAUCAGUGUUUUCCCCCCCGCGGCCCAUUCGGGAAUCAGAGGUGCAGCUGACGCUAGCUAUAUCGACCGGUACCUUAAGACCUUAUUAAACAUGUUUACACUUCGUUCACUAGGGAGCCGUUCAUUUAGUCAGUGCUGCGUAAUUUUGCAUAGAUCCAAAGAAAUUUUGAGUCUCAGCACAAAAAGCUGAAAAUUAGAAAAUGUUUGGUUGCAUAAACAUUUCAAUUCUGACAAGUAAACCUAAUGACCUAACGAGUGUCCUGCGUCAGCAGGUCAGUAGGAAUGGGCAUUUUUAACUGUUGCAUUUCAAACGUAAAGAUAUCUCGGAAUAAGAAGCAUUUUCUUAGAAGAUUUAGCAGCUAUUUAUAUCGUGCAGCUAGUGCUAGAGCUAAUUAGUCGCUGAUGGUUCAGUUGAUUUAUAAUUAUUUUUGUGAUUUCUCAAAAUUCCUCCAGAACAGAGUGAGGUGUAGUCAGAGGUUCAGAGGGUUUGGAGUGAAACGGUUCAGACGUCUUUACAGUGGUGGUGAUGGGAACUAGAUGUCGCCAUGACUACAACACAGAUAUAGAUGUUUUAUUUACCAUCCAGAACCACCAG